AUGCUUUUAGUGGGGCUACAGGAAUGCCUAAAUGACUCAGCGCUAUUGAGUGAUCUGGUUGCUAAGCUGCCCAGUGAUCUGAAGCUGAACGGGGGAAGACAUCGUUUAGUAGCAGUUGGGGGCAAUCUAGCUACCUUCACCACCUUCCUCUUUGGUGUAGUAAUGUGCACUACAAUGGUAACGCCGUUUGGACACCUAGCUAAAUAUAAAAACAUUAUACUCAGAGAACGUGACCGACUGGCAGGUGAAGUUGUGGACUUAGAAAAACGAUUGGCAACAAAUCGUUAUUACUCAGAGAACUUAGAAUAUAUUAUUCGCAACAAUGAAGAUGCCAUGAGUAAAAUGGCCUCGCGGGCCAAAUUCGCAGAGGGAGAACGUUUAAACGUUGAAUCGAAACUGCGUGCUCUUAUGAAAACUAUGGAAGAACAAAAAGAGGCUCAUGGUAAAACGAUGAUUAAGCUUGAUAUUGCUAAUCGAGAUCUAACCGAGACCACAAGAAAACUAGUUCAAAAAAUUUCAGACUACGACCGGCAGAGAGUACAUUUAGAUAAAUAUCGAAGUGAAGUUAAUGCCUUAAAUAAAGCAAUGCAUAAAUAUGAAGAUGAAAUCUCCGACUUAACUAAAAAUCAGAAAAACAAUGAGGAAAUUAUUAAACAUUUAAGGUUGAUCGAAAAGGAGAAAUCCAAUGCAGUUAGCCAAUUAACGGGAAAGUUGAAAAAAUCCAUCGAAGACCAAAAUAAUGCGACAACCCGUAUGUACAAAUUAAACCGAAAAGUUAUGAUUCUAAAUAGUGAAAUAUUGAGACUGAAGUGAGUUUCAAUUUCUUGG